AUGGACACACAAGGGGCAAAGAAAAUACUGUUUUGGAGAUGGCAUACAGUUUGCCUAUUUGCGUUGUGCACUUGUUUCUUGGAUGCAGUCCGGGGACAGAUUCGCUACUCCAUCCCUGAGGAACUGGAGCAUGGAGCUUUUGUUGGCAACAUCGCAGAGGACCUGGGCUUGGAUUUGGACAGGCUCUCUGCGCGCAGAUUCCGGAUAGUCUCCGGUUCCAAGAAGCAAUAUGUGGAGGUGAAUUUGGAAAAUGGAGUUUUAUUCGUCAAUGAGAGAAUUGACCGCGAGGAACUCUGCGAGCAGAGUUUGUCCUGUUCUUUCCACUUGCAGGUGGUCAUUGAAACCCCCCUGGAGCUGUACAGGGUGGAGAUGGAGAUUGUGGAUGUGAACGACAACUCCCCUAGUUUCCCAUGGACCGAGUUUAAUCUGGACAUCUCAGAGUCUGCUACGCCAGGAUCCCGUUUCCCACUUGAGAGCGCACAGGACUUAGACGUGGGAUCCAACUCCCUGCGCACAUAUUUGCUGAGUGUCAACGAGCAUUUCCUUUUGGAUAUACAGACGCGCAGUGAUGGCAGCAAAUUUGCGGAGCUCGUCCUGCAGAGCCCGCUGGACAGAGAGCAGCAAAGUGCGCAUCAGAUGGUCCUGACGGCGGUGGAUGGAGGCACGCCGGAGAGAUCUGGCACUGCGCAAAUUGAUAUCACCGUGUUGGAUGCAAACGAUAACGCGCCUGUGUUUGACCAGUCCUUUUACAGAGUGAGGCUGGCGGAAAACGCACCUAAAGGCACCGUAGUCAUAAAACUCAACGCGUCAGAUUUAGAUGAGGGUCCCAACGCUGACAUCACCUACUCGUUCAGUGGCCAUGCGCCCAUCAAGGUGCGCCAGCUCUUCAGCGUGGACUCGCGCACGGGGGAAAUCAAAGUGAAAGGAGUGAUAGACUAUGAAAAGGCCAGGAUGCAUGAAAUCUAUGUUCAGGCUAAAGAUAAAGGCCCCUCCGCUGUGGCAGUGCACUGUAAAGUGCUGGUGAACGUUUUGGAUAAAAAUGACAACCUCCCGGAAGUGAUCUUAACAUCAGUGUCCACACCUGUGCAGGAGGACGCCCCCCCGGGGACUGUGAUAGCUGUCAUCAGCGUGAUGGAUAAAGACUCAGGUGAAAACGGGAAUGUGGACUGUGAGAUCCCACAUCACGUGCCAUUCCAGCUCCACUCCUCCUUUAAGAACUACUACACAUUAGUAACUUCUGAUUUUCUGGACAGAGAGGCGAUGGCUGAGUAUAACAUCACACUAACAGCGCGAGACAUGGGCUCCCCUCCUUUAUUCACCAGGAAAACUAUCCUUGUCCAAGUGUCUGAUGUGAAUGAUAACGCGCCUCUCUUCAAACAGCCGUCAUACACUGUGUAUCUGACUGAGAAUAACGCGCCGGGUGCAUCCAUAUGCUCGGUGACUGCACUGGAUCCAGAUUCUGGCCAAAACGCGUACCUCUCCUACUCUAUCCUGGAGGGGGACAUACGGGGAAUGCCCGUGUCCACCUACGUGUCCAUCAACUCGGACAACGGGAACAUUUACGCACUGCGAUCCUUUGACCACGAACAACUUAAAAACUUUCAGAUCACAAUUCAAGCUCAGGACGCAGGGUUCCCCCCUCUGAGCAACAACGUGACAGUGAACAUCUUUAUACUGGACCAAAACGACAAUGCACCUGUGAUUGUGUCACCGAUUGUGCAAAACAGUUCCGCGCCAACAGCAGCAGUGCCCAAGUCAGCUGACGCAGGUUACCUUGUCUCCAAAAUCAGCGCGGUGGACGCAGACGAGGGUCAAAACUCGCGUCUCUUUUACCAGAUGCUCCAAGCAACAGACCCGAGCUUGUUCAGCGUGGCUCUGUACACAGGCGAGAUCAGGACAAUUCGCCAGUUGGUGGAGAAAGACCCCUCGAGCCACAGAUUGGUCAUUCUCGUGAAGGACAAUGGUCAGCCGCCCCUCUCGGCCACUGUUUCCAUCAUCCUGUCAGUGGUUGACAGCCUGCCAGAUUCACAGCCCGAUUUGGGUGACCUGUCACUAAGCCCGCAUCACAGCCCUAACUUCAGCCUGUACUUAAUCGUGUCUCUGGGCGCAAUCUCCUUCACAUUUCUGGUGGCUAUCAUCGUCCUGGUUUCAGUGCGCAGGCUGAAGGGCAGAGCGUCCAGCAGGGAGUCAAGCUUCCCCUCCAUCAGCUGCUGCUGCUGCUGCACCAGCUCAGAAUCCUCCACCACGGAAGAUGUGUUCAAAAAGUCCAAUCUGAAUGUUCGGAUGCCCGCAGGAGCGCCCGGGUGCGUAGAGGCAAACGGCAACGGAGCUCUCCCUCAGGUCUACUGCUAUAAAAUGUGUCUGACUCCGGAGUCGUCCAAAAGUGACUUCAUGUUCCUGAAGCCCUAUAGCCCGGUGAUGUCAGUUCAGCAGAAUAACGCCAAGAGCACGGAUUACCUCACCUCUGGCUGGAGCGCAGUGGACCGUAAUGAGCUGGCCAACAACAGAGCAGCGUCCCCAAACGAGCUUAAGUAUGCAAGUAUUACCAACGACUGGACCUUGACCAAGAACCAACGCAACUUGGCAUACAAGAGGUAUAGUUCAGCAAAUAUGGAGGGCACUCUUACCCGUCAACAAAAAUACGAUGCCCAUGGGUUUUCCUGUUCUGUGGCCCCACAGUAUUGGACCUGGGGAAGCCAUAUGAAUGACUGCAAGAUAUCUCUCCAGGAGGGGACACUCCCUCACUACUCAUGGACUCCGAAGUACACUCCGAGUUCUGAAGCGGCAGACUACCAGCACAACGUGUACAUACCCGGCUCCACGUCCGACUACAGCACUCUGAAGCUGGCUCCCAGAGGAGAGCUGGAUGUCUACAACACCUUCUCUACUUUUGGGAAGAAAAAGAGAUUCAUCUCAAACUAUGAACAAUCUUUUGACAUUGAUGAUAGUCUCAUCGUGAGUAAUGACAUCUUCAAAUGAACUCUACUGUAUUGUACAGUCUGCACCAAAUGUGUAUAUACAUUUAUGCCAUUUAUUAGUUCCAUUUCUAAUUAUAAAUCUCUUCUCCAGUUGAACAGUUUCUCUGGAGGCCUGACAGACAUGCGUCUCCUUUUUCAAGUGGAAUUGAAUACCACAUGUAUAUUUUUGUAAAUACUAUAAUAAAGUAUAAAUGAAGUAUAUUUCUAGUCAUGUUGGGAACAAGGGAUGACUUUAUAAAGUCUAAUCAAAAAAGCUUACAGUAAAUUGAAAAAGGGUAUGCAUCAAUCACUUUUAUGUAGACAACAACAUACCUUUGUGUCUUGAAGGUACACACGCCGUGUUUUAAAAGUGUAUAGCCUUUUAAAGGAAACGUUUCUACUUAAAGCUAUCACAUUUAAGAUGUGAGAUUUAAAUUCAUAACUUUGCCAGUUUUCUAUUUCUUUUCAUAUAUUUUGGUUGUAUGACGAAGCAGUGCCACAGUUACAGCUGUAUAGGUUCAACGUCUUGCAUCCAAUCAUGCUGCAUUACGUUAGUGACGGGUCAUUUGUUCAGGUCUAUUGAGUGUGAAUGCAGCCCAGGCACAAGCGCUGCAAACAGAUGGCAAAGGCAAUGCGCAGUUAUAAAUAAUUAUAAGCACUCAUUAAUAUUAAAAGGCAUUGAACCAAUAACCAUUACCCAUUAUAAAGCAUUGUAAAAUGACUUAAAAGGUGAAGUAGCAGUAUCGAUGCUUUCUUUAGCUGGUCACUCACUGCCAUUUUAGAUGUAAUUUAUAUAUAUUUAUAUAUGUGUAUAUAUAUAUAUAUAUAUAUAUAUAUAUAUAUAUAUAUAUAUAUGUGUGUAUAUAUAUUUUAGUAAAGCAAACAAUUAUCACUUAUAGUGACUUCUAACCAGUUUAUAAUGUAUUAUAUGCCUUUACAUUGGGAAAUACAAAAUGUAUAACACUGCUAUCUAUCCACUUUUAUGUAACUUUUCAUCACAUUAUAAUGCAUUAUAACGGUGUCAAAAAUGAAUUACAACUAUCAGAAUUAUGAUAGAAAACAUAAUAAUUACAUAAAAAUGACACUUGACCAUAAGUGUCUUAAGUGACCAUAAAACCUCAACUUAAAAUGUGUUUGAAAGGGUUAUUCAUAUUUAUGAGUGCUUAUAACCAGCAGUUAUACAUGUCUGAGCAGAUUAUAACAUGUAUAAGUAUAUUGCAUUAGACAUGAGCGCCAUAGAAAGGGUUAAAAGCCAUACAGUAGAGAAGAGAUCCAAUGGCAAAUGCAUCUGAUUUCAGAAUAAUGACAAUGCUUGGAUAAGUUGAAACAUGUUAUGUGUCCAUUAACCAUGUUUCAGUGAAGGAUUUCUUUACAAGGAAUUGCACCGCAGCUGUGAUUUUACUCUGUUGGCCUGUACUGAAGACCCCUACGUUGACACCUCAUCAGCACUAAGAAUGGCAAUAACAAGGGUGUUGUGCUACUGCAAGUAACACACACCAAAUGUCUGAUGACACACAAUUGCUUUUCAGUCACUGUUAUAUGUAUCCAGA